AGCCGAGCAUGGGAGGGCACCGAGUUCACACAGCUGGUUUGGCCUCAGGCCUGAAACUACGGCCCAAGGACAAGGAGACCCAUAAAGCCAGGCUCAGUUCUCAAAGACCUCACAUCUGCCACAAUGCUGCUGCUCAGCCUGACCCUUAGCCUGGCCCUCCUCGGUUCCUCUUGGGGCUGCGGUGUUCCUGCCAUCAAACCCGCGCUGAACGCCAACCAGAGGAUCGUCAAUGGUGAAAACGCAGUGCCUGGCUCCUGGCCCUGGCAGGUGUCCCUGCAGGACAACACCGGCUUCCACUUCUGCGGCGGCUCCCUCAUCAGCCCCAAUUGGGUGGUCACUGCCGCCCACUGCAAUGUCGUCGCUGGCCGCCACUUCGCUGUCCUGGGCGAGUAUGACCGCUCCUCCAACGCCGAGCCCGUGCAGGUUCUGUCCAUCUCUCGGGUUAUCACACACCCUAGCUGGAACCCCAGCACCAUGAACAAUGACAUGACGCUACUGAAGCUCGCCUCCCCAGCCCGGUACACCGCACAGGUCUCGCCUGUUUGCCUGGCUAGCCCCAGUGACGUGCUGCCCGCAGGUCUCACAUGUGUCACCACCGGCUGGGGCCGCAUCAGCGGUGUGGGCAACGUGACCCCAGCACGCCUGCAGCAGGUGGUCCUGCCCCUGGUCACUGUGAGUCAGUGCCAGCAGUACUGGGGCUCAAAAAUCACCGACUCCAUGAUCUGCGCAGGUGGCGCAGGGGCCUCCUCGUGCCAGGGUGACUCUGGAGGCCCUCUUGUCUGCCUGAGGGGGAACACAUGGGUGCUCACUGGCGUCGUCUCCUGGGGCACCGGCAACUGCAACGUGCACGCACCUGCCAUGUACACUCGCGUUAGCAAGUUCAGCGCUUGGAUCAACCAGGUCAUCGCCUACAACUGAGCUCACUACAGUCGCUGCACCCCGCCCCAUCUCAAUGCAAUAAAAAAUCCCAGGCUCUGUCCUUGGUGAUUCCUUGUCUGUACU